GAGCGAACCGAAAAUGUGGGCGGAGAUGCGGAGAUGCGGAGGCGCGGAGGUGGCCAGACUCCAGAACCGUACUCUACCGUACCCCGCAUUUGCGGAGUCGUUCAAAGUAACGUUGCCUACAUGUUGCGCGCUAGAUAUACGCGUGCCGGAUGAGUCAGAUCAUCCAUCUCAAACGAAACGGCGACUCCCGUCUUCCGUCGUGUCUGCACUUUUGGUGCUUACAUACAGUCUUAUCUUCCGGUUUCCCCCCGAGAAACAGCUGCGUAUGUAUGUAUGCGCGCCCACCAAACGUGUGUAUGUACCCACUCACCCCCGCUGCGUCGCCGACAAGUUUCAGGCUCGCAGGUUCCGGUCCAAACAGGUCCAUCGUCCACCGUCUCACAGAUGCCAUACCUUCCAGCCACAUGCAUACCUACCGGUAUAUACCGGUAUAUCCUCGCGGCUGCGGAGUGCGGAGUGCGGACUGUCGAUGAAUUAAGGUUAUCGUGAUCUAGCUUGGGGGGGACCAGGAUGAUGAUGAUGAUGACCGUGAUGACCGUGAUGACCAUGACUCGAUUCGAUUACACAAACCUCCGAACCUUGCUUGCCGCGUGCGUGUGUGUGGCCUUCCGGUCUUCCCGGCUGCAUGGCGGUUGUGCGUGCCUCGGGCGGGCGGGUUGGCGGGACUGGCGGGCUGGCGGGAUUGUGACU